AUGUUAGCAAGCUUCCAUUGCUCAGGGACUCUCCUUAGACUAAACGAUCUGUUCAACAAAAGGGCUAAAGGUGUAGACAAUUCUUCAGAACAAGCUUUGAGAAUACGAGCAGGGACAUUAUCUGCACCAGUUACCUUGGUGAUGUCAAGAUUUUGUAAAAUUCAGUACACUGUAUCGACUAAAACAUACCUGAUGAUAUGCCAUUCUUCAAAACCGCAAACUUGAUUUUCACCCUGCUUUGAGCGUUUUCUAAAUACACUUGAACUGAGAUGUUACCGGACGAACCAAACUGUACAUCCAACAAAUUCUCUGUAGCGAAAGGCACGCACCCUCGUUGAUGCAAAACCUCGGUACCUACUCCAUCAGUGAUUUUCACAUAUUCCCUGUGUGAUAAAAACAAAAUAUGACAAUUAAUAACAGCUAAAAUAUCUGAAUGGCAAUGAAAAUGACAAUAAUACAUAGUAAUGACAAUACACAGUGAUCAUUGGUAGUGAUAAAAAGCGGUUUAGAAAAGUUAAUCAGUGUAACGUCAGGAAACAUCAGCUUCCAGGAAGUUUAAAAGACAACGUUGCUGGGAAUGACACAUCGGAAGGUCCUUUCAAUCAAGUGCUAGCGUUUUGAUAGACAAUACAUGUGCAGCAAAAAUAUCUUUACUUCACACUUCUAGGGAUAUUACUUUUCUUUUCAAGCAAGGUUAUCAUCAGCUGUUCAGAUUCACAAAGAGGGUAAAAAGGAAAAAAAAUUAUUUGUAGACAAUCGAAAAGUACAGCAGAGCUGAUGUGGUCGUGUUAAAACUAAAAGUAUUAUGAAAAUCGUUAUCAAAAGUAAUCAAUAAUACUAUGUACAAUAAAAUUCACGACCUAAAAAUAUUUAAUUAAAAAAGCUGAAUUUCCAGUGUCCUUUUAAAAGAGUCAAAACUUGGUAAUUCUUCUGUGUGAGUCUCCAGAGAGUUCCAUGCUUUGCAGCAGCUGGACUUACGAAGUAGUAUUGUCUUAGGGAAAGGUAUAUCAGACGUAAUCUUUCUUCGUAAAUUAUAACUGCAGUCGUACUUUUUAGUUUCGGGAGCAGGUUGGUAAAAACAACUUAUGGGCCAGUAAUAACAACUUAUGAUCAUAUAGAUUAUUGAAUGAAAACCAGUUCGCAUGAUGUAGCUAUUCUAGCACCUUGUCGCUUGACGUGUACCCGAAUUUAAACCAAAGAUAAUCUUAGCAGCCCGAACAUGGAUUUUUUCCAGGUCCCCAAAUAGGGUUUUUCCGCAAGAAUCCCACACAACUAAAGCUUGAGUAAAACGAUCAGGAAAUAAAAAGCAAUUCCGGCUGACUUUAGUAGGUAAAAACAAAACAAAACAAAACAAAAAUGUGACUUAUUCUUAUUCAUUUCGUUAGUUACAAGAAUUUACUACGUCAUUAAGUUUACCUGCAAGAGACGAGAUAUGAUUCUCGUACAGAGAGCAAAGCCACGGCCUGGGAUAUACUGUAACUUAGUAUGGUCCACUGACAUAUUUCAUAGUAGCUGUUUGUGCCAUUAACCUCAAUAUCACCAAACGUACUAUUUAUGGUCCUGGAACAACCUUAGAAAGGAAAAUUUCAAGGAAGAACGUUUAAUGAUGAUGAUGAUGAUGAUGAUUAUUAUUAUCAUUAUUAUUGUUGUUGUUGUUGUUAGUGGUAGUAGCUGCAGCAGCAGCAGUAGCAGUGGCAGUGGCAGUGGCAGUGGCAGUGGCAGUGGCAGUGGCAGUGGCAGGGGCAGUGGCAGGGGCAGUGGCAGUGGCAGUGGCAGUGGCAGUGGCAGUGGCAGUGGCAGUGGCAGUGGCAGUGGCAGUGGUAGUGGUAGUGGUAGUGGUAGUGGUAGUGGUAGUGGUAGUGGUAGUGGUAGUGGUAGUGGUAGUGGUAGUGGUAGUGGUAGUGGUAGUGGUAGUAGUAGUAGUAGUAGUAGUAGUAGUAGUAGUUGUAAUGGUAAUAGGACUGAGUGGAGUCCAAUUCGGGCUGUAA